GCCGUUCUCGCCAGGGAAACGGGGAAGAGCAACACAAGCGGUGGGAUCUUUGAGCUGACAGGGAUCGAGGUAGCACCGUACACCGUACACCGACACCCUGGCAGUUCUGGAUCCAGAAUGCCCGUGAAAUUCAAGGGUUUAAGUGAAUACAAACGUAACUUCAGUUGGAACGAAUCCAAGAGAUCACGCUCUAGUAGUCCUGUUUCUAAGCAGAAAAUACCAUGGGCAGGUCUCCCUUCAGAACUGCUUGGAAAUACUAGGGAACCAAACUUCACCUCAAAGAAACGAGUGCCAUAUUAUAGUCCUCAAGUUUCACAAUCUUUUCAUUGGAAUGGGAGUAGUAAUUCAAGAAGUACAUUUCAUAAAACAAUACCAAAUGUGAAAUUGCAAUCUUCUGAAUUCAAUGGACAAGCAAUUGAGAAGAGUCAAGAGAACCAGAAAGAACGUGAAACACCUGAUGACGCUCGAAAGCCUAAAGUUCCAAGAUCACGGUCUGCAGACUGCCAUUUGCACUCAGUAUCUGAGCCAGUUGUUGUCAAAGAUAAGGAAUUGGCUGUAGAGGUACACAAAGCAAAGGACAACAAUAUAUCUUGUAAGAAGGAAGUUGCAGAUAAAGCGGUUGGUAAUGAUGUUAGCUAUGCACUCCUUAAAAAGUCAGGAUUGAAGUCUGCACCACGGAGGAGUUUAGGGAGAAGCUCUGAGUACCAACGGCAAUUUGCUUGGAAAAAUCAAAUACCUAGUUCUCCAUUACUGGCUGCAGAACAGAUUAUUUACACCAAAAAUCCGGAUAUUCCUCCACUUCAAAAGGGUAAGAUGACCACCGAAACAGAAUAUUCAAGUCAGUUUAAAGGUAUGCAACCACCUAAAGGACCACGCUUGCGUAAAGAUUUUGAAGAAGAAGCUUUAGCAUUCGAACUGGGAAGCCUUUCUCCACGGAAGUUGACAGGGUCCACUUCUAGAGAACAGAGUCAAGAAACAGAGACACAGGGCAAACAGUUUCAAAAUGAACAGAAAUCACAAAAACCUGUUUACUCAUACAAAGGACUUAGAAAUGUUAAGUCUGAAUACAAGACUAAUUUUCGAUCUCCUGUCCAGUAUGAAUAUAGAUCUAAUGGGGAAACUAAUACUAACCUAAUUUCCCCUUGGUAUGCAGAGGUGAAGGAGCUUAGAGAGAGAGCUGAAGCAUAUAAGAGGAGAGCACUUGGUACUCACUUCUCCCGGGAUCACCUCACCCAAAUUCUUUCUGAACAAAAUAAGCUAUGGGAUGUGUCCUCAACAUCUGAUACCGAAGAAUCAGUCAGUGAUUGUAUCAAAGCUCUGGACCUUGCAAGGGCCAGAGAAAGACCUAACAUUUCCAGCAUUCAAAAAAAUCAGAGCUCUACAGAACAAAGUGCUAUAUUAUCACCACGGGCAACUAAAAACUACAGUGAAACAGUGCAGAAUGGUAUUUCAGAUGUUCCUACUCUACCAGUCAGCAGAAAAUUGGCAUGGAGUGAUGAGGACGAUAAGCCACACGAAACAGAACUAAGAGAAGGUGACCAAGACCAAAAUUGUGAAAGUAAGGAGAUGGUUGAGGGAAAUGCAGAAGUGGAAGCAGUUGUGGAAAGAGAAACAGUCCCUGUAAAUGGACAGGAUGUGGUAACAGGAAAUUCAGACUCAAGUGGACAGUCUGAAUUUGGAUCUGAUGCAGGUGGGCGACUGCCUACUCCAAAGCUGAAGGCAACUGGUGGAGUCCAACGAACUCAUCAUGAUCUGACCACACCAGCCAUUGGAGGUGCUGUUUUGGUUGCUCCUCGCCAAGUCAGAUCACCAUCACCCCAUCGUAGGAAAAGUCAGCCUCCAUUGGGAAAAUCAUAUUCACAUUAUAAACAUAUUUCAGAAGCAUCAGACAUGAAAAAGACUGAAUUGCUACGACAUUCUCCAGCAGCUGGUGUUUUGACGCGUGAUCCUAUCCCUUUGAGGGAAGAAUGCAUGCCUGCAGAUUACAGAACUCCUUUCUUUGCAAAGACCGCGUCUUCUGUUAAAACAUCAUUAAAGCCUCAUCUUCCUUUUGAUCAAAACUCUGCUUCACUUACUCCUUCGCUGUCUAGAACCUUCCCUUAUCAGAUACAAGGAACACUUAGACAUCCAGAGUUCCAGCAUAACGGUAAUACUGGAGGACCACGGGCCAGCCUGCUGAGGUUACAAGCAACAGAUCCAGAUGCUGCAGAUAAUGAGGAUGAUCGAAUGUCACAAAUAUCUGCACGGUCAGCAGCGUCCAGUUCACUCGCCUCUCAAGUCCUUGAGCGUGCUCAAAAAAGGAGAGACAAUUUCUGGGGCAAGAGCCUAUGAACCUUUAGAUAGUGGUUCUUAUCUAGAAGGAUGUGUGGGUUUUGGUAAGGUGUAAGAAUUUUUUAGUCUGAAAACUAUAUCCUGUUCAGAUUUGAAUUUUAAUUUUUACUUUGUGCAUAAUAAAUCUUGCACUUCACUCUCAUUUUGUUAUUUUUUUAAAAAAAUGUUUUAUUUAUAGUGUUCUGUGUGUAGAUGCUGAGGACUAAAAUUCAGGUGUUGAUGGUUGCUAAAAUUUCACAAUAAAAAAGACACAUUGAAUUAAUUUCAAUUACACAGAUACGGUAAAACAUUACCUUUUAAUGUCUGUAAAAAUAGAA